AUGGCCCCAGCCACGAUGCCCUCGUCAAUAGAACAACUCCCCUCCUCCGAGGAAGUCAAAGAGCAAGUCAAAGAGACCGCCAAGGGCGCCGUCUCUGGUCUCCGGUCUCUCGCCGCUGGCGGAGUAGGUGGCGUGUGCGCGGUCAUAGUCGGGCACCCUUUCGACUUGGUGAAAGUUCGCCUACAGACCGCUGAGAAGGGAGUUUAUUCGGGCGCGAUCGAUGUUGUGAAGAAGACCGUCGCUCGCGAGGGGCUAGCGAGAGGCCUCUAUGCAGGUGUCUCGGCUCCUCUGGUGGGCGUUACGCCCAUGUUCGCCGUCAGCUUCUGGGGUUACGAUAUGGGGAAAAGGCUCGUGGACUCGUUCACUACGGUGCCUGUCAAAAACAACACGCCUCAAUACUCCAUCGGGCAAAUCUCCGCCGCCGGGUUCUUUUCAGCUAUACCCAUGACCCUCAUCACCGCGCCGUUUGAGCGUGUUAAAGUCCUCCUACAGAUUCAGGGUCAGAAACAGCUCGCGCCGGGAGAGAAACCCAAAUACUCUGGCGGACUGGACGUCGUCAGACAGCUGUAUAAUGAAGGGGGUAUAAGAUCCGUGUUCAGGGGUUCCGCGAUGACUCUUGCUCGCGAUGGGCCCGGUUCAGCCGCGUACUUCGCAGUCUAUGAGUACGUCAAACGCAGCCUCUCCCCCAAGGAUGCCGAGGGCAACGCGACAGGGGAAUUAAGUCUGCCUGCUGUCAUGACUGCUGGAGCUUCUGCAGGUGUGGCCAUGUGGAUACCCGUGUUCCCUGUCGACACGAUCAAAAGCAGGAUACAGACCGCGGAGGGAAAGCCAACCAUCAGUGGUGUUAUUUCGCAGGUAUACAGAAGCGGUGGCAUCAAAGCUUUCUUCCCAGGUUUCGGACCAGCAUUGGCCAGAGCCAUACCAGCGAAUGCAGCCACAUUCGUGGGGGUCGAGUUGGCGCACAAGGCCAUGAAUCAAGUGUUCGGGUAA